AUGAAGAGUAAGAGGAGGAGGAGGAAGAAGAAGAAGAAGAAGAAGGGCGAGAAGAAGAAGAAGGGCGAGAAGAAGAAGAAGAAGAAGAAGAAGAAGAAGAAGAAGAAGAAGAAGAAGAAGAAGAAGAAGAAGAAGAAGAAGAUAGGAAGUAGGGGAAGAAGAAGAAGAAGGAGACGAAGAUGCAACUGGUGCAGUACAGAGCUGUGAAGAGAUCAAAUGCUAGCGUUCGCAAAAUAAAUGAAUCCGCAGGAGACAAUGCCGUUUGAUUUUUCUCCUGGCAGCUCUCACAGCCUUCAGUCACAGAUCCCUGGGACUGCCUGCUUUCACGCGAAUAUUCUACAAGUAAUGGUCCGUAAUGACCCGUUUUGCGUAUUCGAUAUUUUCUCAGACUUGGGCCAAGGUUGCGAAUUGGGCGCUGUCCUGUCUGCAUGCGUUUUUCGCUCGUAUUUCUGACUAAAUUUGUGCUGUGGAAGUCGAUAUUUAAUCUGUGGGCCAAGGUUGACUGGUCGGGACUGUAGUAAGUAUAUCGCCACAGGAGCAUAAAUUUGUGAUUAUCUACGGAACGCCGUAUCCCUGAUGCGUUAUGUCCCUAAAAUAUUUCGGUUUCUUCCCUAAACGUUAAGAAGGUUCAUUUGCCAACUAGGUAGAUUUGACCGAAUCCAACCCUGGCUGUCAAGUGAACUCUAGCCUCACUGUUUGUCUGGGUUUACAUAUGAUCUUCACCAACUAAAAUUAUGAGUAGACAUGGAACCGAAACCUACUACCUAUAAUUCGAUUCCUGCCCGCACGGUUUUCUCGUUGACAUAGCACACGUUGAUCGAUUUGGCACGUAAUGUACGCCAUCAGCGACUUCCAGCCACCUUCGCCUUGACCAAUGAAAACUCGCGGCGCCACCUUUCCUGUGCCAACUAUCUCCCAAUGAAAUCCCUCGUUUGCAUCAAUCGGCCAAUCAGAGCCGGAGUGUGCGUGCGUGUGCAACGUGUGGCGCCACCGUAAAAGGCGGCGCGCGUAGCACGCACGGCAUUCCGUCUGUCUCUCGCUCUCUCUCUGCUCUGGUUACAAAUCCAAAUGGCGCUUCAGGAAGCAGAACUUUUCGAAGACCAACAUCCCCUGAUUCGAAGUUGUCCGGCCUUAAAUGAAAUUCGUCUUGCCCAAGACAUUCAAGACUUGACCAUAGAGGUAACUUCCCUUAUUUACGGUGGACAUUUGUGCGUGUUAGGUCAAGAACGGCGAUGUCCUUUACGUCCAUCGAAUAGUGCUGGCAGCUCGCAUCCCUUCCCUGCGAGCGUCCCUCAGUGGCCCCCCCGGGGAGGAGAAUUCGGUCUUAAGGUGGCCGACAGCGCCGCUCAGGUUGGUUCUUUAGGUUUUGCUUACUACUUUUAUAGUCUCGCAAAUGUGCUCGUCCAGUAUGUGUACACUGGCCGGGUGGAGAUGACACAGGAUAACGUGAUGGGCAUGAUUGCGCUUGCAAGAAUGUUGGAACUCCCCGCCCUGGUGAAUUGGGGAGCGACAUUUAUGACCAAGAGGUACGCAAUUUGCCGACUAUUCCUCUCUAACUGCCUGCUCUAAAGAGUCAAUUUGCAGAAUUUGCCAGCCACGUGGGACUUUGCCAAGUCUAUGAAUCUCAAAUUACUGGCUGAUGCGUGCAUUGGGCUGAUGAAGGAGCAUUUUGAGGAAUUCGUGCCAUCUGAACUCUUUGUUCGUUUGCCGGCCGAAACCGUCCUCAGCCUGCUUCGAAGCGAUCGCCUCUCCGUGGGAUCCGAGGAGGAGGUUGUAGCGGCGAUUGCUCGCUGGACGGGUGCUGGUGCCUGUGGCCAGGCCGACGAUGAGAGGCUGAAAGUACAUGCGCCGGCGAUGUUGAAAGAGGUCCAGUGGCAACUGACGACCGCCCGAUGCCGCGAUCGCCUGAUGAAGGAUCAUCCAACGUUUGGGAAAAGUCCUGAAUGUCUGUAAGUAUAUGCCAUUUUAACCCUGUUAUUUUUUCUUAAUAAAAGUCAGCUUAUGCUUCAGGUUGAGCGGUGGAUUUGAGCUGCAGUCAAGGACAAGCCGGCUCGCCCCUUUAACUUAAGGCCUCGCCUGCGCCCGACCAUCUUCCUCUUUGGAAACGACAAAGAUGGGCAGGGCAGGUGGUCUGUCCGUCGCACCGAUCAGCGCCUGCAGCAGGCAGAACGCGUUGCUGACAUGAAGACGCGCCGCUGGUUCGCCUCCUACAGCGUCGUGGGCGGUGAGUUGUCGGAGAGUUUUGCGUCGACUUUUGGCAGCCAGCUGCCGCCAUGAGAACUGCACGAUCCGACCUCGCUGCGACACCCUUUCGGGGAGCAAUUCUGGUCGCCGGUGGAUGGAAGAGUGGAAAGGCUCUCAACGUGGUGGAGAUGUUCUCACUGCCAGACGCCGGGAACCCGCUCGGCCAGUGGACAAAGCUGGCCAAGAUGAAGCAGCCUCGCCGGUACUUCACUCUUCUCACCUCCGCUAAUGCCGUCUUUGCUCUUGGUAAGGCAACACACUAUAAAGUGAAUUCUUUCUUUCCUUCUCUCUCUCUCAUGCCAUUCGUUUGCCUCAUCCGCGUAGCCAAUUUUACAAGGCACAAGAGCGUUAAAUCAGCUAACAUGACCUCAGAGGAUUUUCAUGCGCAGUGCACCAUUACAGCCAGAAGUGGUCGCCUCGCUGUGCAUACUGCCUAACCUCCUUUUUCAAUAUCUUUUAUCUCGUGUUUCCUUUUUCCUCAAAUGAGACUUCAUUAUUGUUAUGCAAAAUUUGUAGGCAACUGGGACGAACCGCGUAAUACGGUAGAGACUCUCACUGCACCAGGCGGUUCAGCUGACUUCGACAAUGACUUGACAUCUUGGAUCUGGUCGUCAAAGAGCCCAGUGGAGACACUUGGCGACAUUGUCGGCGCUGCAAGCUUUUGCAUGUAA